AUGCUCACUGCACUGCAUAUUACUUUACCGAAAGGAAACAAACAGCGUAUUGGUGGUCAUCAACAUCGUCAACAACAACAACAACAACAACUCUCAAAUAGAUGUUUGGUAGUAAAUGAAAGCACUGGUGAGGCGAUACUCACCUCUACAGAUGCCUCAUUAAAGUACACAAACUCCUCAUCUCAUGAAAAGCGUGAUGUAGGGACACGUUUUCACUUUGAUCACAUCACCAUUAGUCCACAUCAUGGUACUCUCUUUAUUAAACAAGUGGCUCCUAUGUUGUAUGAUCUCUGCCGUAGUUUUAUCCAACAAACAACCCGUAAUGCCACUAAUGGGAAUAGUUCCUAUUCUUCUCAUUCCUCUUCAACACCAGUAUUAUUAUCAUCAACAUCAGGAUCAUCAUCGUCUCUUAGUCGAUCGGUGUUUCUCCACGGCAAUAGUGCUGGUACAGACCGCCGGGGUUUAUUUCACCACCUCGCAAAGGCAACGGCAAACACUCUAAGACGACAAGCGGGUAUUUCCACUUCUUCUUCUUCUUCUUCCUUUUCUUCUCUUUCAUUUGCGUUGGUGGAUCUUUACCACGCAUGGGGAGUGGGGGAUGUACUUGACCCUGAUGCCGCACUUCACGAUCGUGCGCGGUUGGAGCGACUGCGGCGUGAACAGCCACGACGGGCGGUUAAUAAACCCAAAGGAAUGGCGUUUGUAGAACCCACACAACACCCAUUGGAUGGACGAGAACGCAUAGACACAAGUAUCACACGUGCACUGCAACGUGUAGAACCACCACGGGCAUUUUGUACAGAUGCAGAAAGGGAAGAUCAUGCGGUAAAGUCAACAUUGGUUCUUACAUUUACUAUCGCCCAUUACUCCUUUAGUGGGGAAGAAGGAGUAAAGCGUGGAUCUAUGGUAAACCCAUUAGGUGAUGAUCGUCACCGUAUGCAAGAAGGAAAGAGGAAUAGUAAUAAUAAUAAUAAUAAUAAUAAUAAUAAUAAUAAUAAUAAUAAUAAUAAUAAUAAUAAUAAGAGGAUGUUGCCUACAGUAGAGGCAAGAUUUCACAUUAUUCUUCUUCCUGAUAGUACGGCCUCACUUCAUGGAAAGCAGGGAGCACAGGAAUUAUCGGCUUUAGCAACUGCACUAGGAGCCUGUGUUCAAUGGCGAAGUGAGGGAUCAAACUUUACUCCGAAUACACAAUCACAGUUAAAACAGGUGGAAACUUCUAUACUCUCAUCUAAUCUACCUUGGGCACCACUUCGUGAAUCCCCAUUAUUACUUUAUUUAUUUGAAUCCACUAAGUAUUAUGCUCAUCAGAAUGAACGACGAUUGCGUCAACUUCGCUUAGCAACAGAAAGACGUCGUCUUUAUGGUGAUGAUUCAAGACCAAUAAGUGCCAAUACUUCUGCAUAUUCCCAUAAUGGGGUAAGGAGUUUGUCUACAAGUACAGCUACCUCUACAGAGCAUAGUUGUUGGAUAAAUACUGAUCUUAGUUCUGGUAAUGUUCUUGAGAGUAUUUCAGUUGGUAUUGGUGAAUUUCUUCUCGUGCUUUGUGUAAAUUCUGCGUGGGAUCAAUAUUAUCAAGCACGUAGUGCCUUUCUAUUUGUUCAACGAGCGACUAACCAAAUAGGAGCCUUAACUCCUGUAUUAGGAGAAAAAAUAAAGGAAGAAGGAUAUACAAUAUCAGCAGCGGGACAUUUUAUAAAUGAACAAGCUUCUAAAACAUCAUCUACCACAUGGAUUCAUUCCCCAUAUAGACAAGAGAUAAAACAAUUAGAUAAAAAAGAAAACCAAAAGGAAGAUUUUCCAUCUUUACAAGAGGAUAUACAUUCAACAAAGAAAGAAUUCUGGUCUUCACCUCGACGACGGGAAAAAACAGAACCAAGACAUUCGCAUGAUGAUGAUAAUGAUGAUGAAGAAAAAGAAAAGGAACAAAAUCCUUUUAUUCAGCGAAUGCCAUCUGAUGUAUCUGUUAAUGAGGAUGACUAUAAUGAUUAUGAUGAUGAUGAUAAUGUAGACAGAGACAAUGGGAAAGGUAUCAAUAGCAGUAGUGGUGGUGGUCUUGUUCUUGAUAGCGAUAUUCUUAGCAGCGAUGCUAGACCUCCACAGAAACUUUUCUCAACCUCAUCACCGUGUAAGACAGAAGCAACUAUUCUUAAACAUCAAGAAGCACCAAUAAAUGAUUUAGUUUCUAUGCAAAGUCCUUUUACUUCUUUAUUCUUGCAUAAAAAUAUGAAUCGUCCUUCUACACAGCAUACUUUUUUCUUUGAUUGUCAAAAACAGAGUCUUUGCAGUAACACAGAUAUGGUAUCCUCGCAGGAACAUCCUUAUGCUCCUAAAGGCAGUCCAGUAUUACGUUCUCCUAACCAUAUAUAUAUACAAACUACAACAACAUCAACACCAACACCAACACCAGUAUCAGUAUCAAUGUCAACAACAAAAGUAAAUGUGGAUUCUGAAUAUCAUAAACCUCAUGAAAACACUACUCAUGUUAUUCAAUCCACACCAAAAACCACACCUGUAUGUAAUUCCUCUGCUUCACCUUCUCUUUGUAGCAAAACGAUCUCAGCAUCUGGACAGGAAUUUUGUAAUGAUGCUCUUAUUGCAGCUCUGCAAAAACAAACAGCCCUUCUUUCAGAGAAUGAGCAACUUCGUGCGGUGGUGGCGCACCUCUCAUCACAGCAGGCAGACACUUUAUAUGCAAAAAAACAAAACACUGGAAUCGAAGAGGUGCAUGAUGCGGCAGUUGUGCGAAUGCGGGAAGCCGAUCGCAAUGCGGAGAUGCGUGCACUUCGCGAGGACCUCGCAGCAGCCACACGAAAAGCAGGAGUUCUGCAAAAGACACUCUCACGCUCUGUUGAUGAAAACCGCAAAAUGCGCCGUGUGAUUCAUCGACAACUGCAACAGUGUCUUGCUGAGUUACCGCGUGUUUUUCACGAUACAGUGGCUGAGAGAAAAGCCGCUGCAUCCACUUCUGUGGAUGCCGAAAGUAGAUUAUCUCGUGUAGAGAAACUACUGGAUACUAUCGUAACACGAGUACUGCAUUCAGUACGUGAUGAAGUAGAUAACGUAAAGAAUCGAGAAGAAGAGGAAGAGGAAGAAGAAGAAGAAGAGAAUAAUGAGAAUGAAUAUAAUGGAAAGAAAGGACAAUAUCAUGAGAAGAAAUUGAAUAGUGUUAGUCGUGGAAAGGUAAAUGCAUCAUUUGGGUUGUUUGAAAAGCAAUCCACACAUCAACGAUUUCAUGAAAACACACAACUACUCCUUCGUCGAGAAGAACUAGACCAAAAACAACAACUACAAGGACAAGAACAAGAAGAAGAAGAACAACAACAACAACUACAAUCUCAUUAUUCCCGUGGUGGAAAUAGGAGAAGAUGCAUGUUGGGAAUGGAUUCUCCCAUUAAUGACUCCCUCACACAUGGAUCACAGCAUGCUAACCAUUCUACCAUUAGAAGAAAAAAUGUUGAAAAGGCAUUAUUGUAUGAUGAUAUAGAAACAGGAGUGGUAAAAUUACUAAGGAUUGCCCAUAAUCUAUUUAUCAGGGAAUCAGAUAUUAGUAAGGAUGCUAUCUCUGAAGAUGACAAAUAUGAAAGACUCUGUCAAGGCGAAAAAGAUAAUCAUGGAAAGAAAGGCUUUAGUUUAUCACAAAGUAUACUGGAUAUUUUUUCUCCAGAUCGAAAAGAAGAAAACCAAUUGUUGAACCAUCAAUACCACCACCGCCACCACCAGCAGCAACAGCAGCAGAAAAAUAGAACAAAAAGUAAUGGAAAUACUGAUGAACUCUUAUCCAAUAAAAAAGUAACGGAAAAGGAAUUAUGUCGGAAGUGUCAUUUGAACCGAUAUAAUCAACAUAAUUCUGCAUACGUAACAUUUCUGGAAUUAGUACGUUCAUUAUACAGUCAUAUUACAGUAGAUGGGUAUCUCUUUUCUAGACCACAACUUCAAUGGAAUGAAAAUGAAAAUCUAAAAGAGAAUGAGCAAGAAAGAGUAAUAAAUGAAUAUACUUCUGCAAGAGCAAAACCUGAUACUCAUUUCUCUGGUGGUAAAGUUAACGUUUCUUCGCCUCAUUCUGGGGAUGCUGUUCUAAUGCAAACACGACAAUUAUCUAAUUUAUUACAGCAGCGUAGUGAUGCCCGUGAAGCUGAACACAAAGCUCUGCAGGAAGUAAAGAAUGAGUUAAGUAGGGAAAGAGAAUGGCGUCGUCAGUUGCAAGAUGAACUCCUACAACUUCGUGUUCAAGUAAGUAAGUAUGAAGCUAAACUGGACCUUAUUGAUGAAACAGUAAAACCAAAGCUUUCUAGUGGUAUUGUGGAACUGGAACAGAUGAUUGCAGAACGAAAGCAGAAGCAAGAUUUAGAGAGACAGCAACGAGCAGCUGUUCUUUCUCAGAUUCAAAAACGACUUGAAGAGACUGUUGAAAAUGCUGAUUUGAGACCUUUUCCUCGAUCUUUUUCUUAA